UUGGGUAACGUUCCACUUGCAGCGUCGACGUCGACGAGCCUCGUAGGACAACAGUCAGCGGGCCAGCCAGGACUACCUGUGCUCAGGUUAUGUAUAAAGUUUUCUGUGAAGUCCAGAACUGAGAGCGAGCUGAGGACUAACACUCUUACUGAUGGAGGCUGUUCUAACCUUCGAUGGGGACAAUGACAUGUCCUAUGAGGAGAGCGACUCGCCACUACCCUCUUCAUUCAAUCUCGCAGACUUGCGUCGCCUCCUAAGAGGACAGCGAGCCAUCUGGCCAGCCGUGCGUAAACUCUGGAGCCCUCCAGGACAUACAGGCAACUAUGACCUAGAGCAGAGCAGACAAGAGCAGGAGGACUACCAAGUCGAGAGGUACAUCAUCCCCAGAGACACAGAGGCUGCUCUGAAUUUCAACACCAAUGCCACCUCCAGAGGAGACGCUCAGGCCUAUGUGGAGCUGAAUGAGUUGGUAGGGGGUGUCUGGCAGGAGACAGGUCGUUGGGUGGGCUAUGAGGAGAGUUAUAAUACUGCCACCGGGAUCUGGGGCUCAUCCCACAUCUCCUACCUCACCUUCAGCAGCCUCCUCCAGAUCCGCCGCCUCAUGAGCUCAGGGGCGGUGCUCUUGGACGUAGAGGAGAUCAGUCUUACCGGCAUCGCCGAAAAGGUGGCAGACGAACUUGUGGCAAAGCAGGAGAUUCGGUCCGGUGACCGCAACAACCUGGUGGCCGCGCUGCUCCGGAAGCGCAGCCAGACUGAAGGAGCCACUACAACCGCCGAUGGAGCCAUCCAGCUGCAGACCUUUUCUGUUACCAAGCGGAGAGAUGCAUCUGACCAUUUGGAAGCCUCUAUUGUUCUCUCAGGCGUGGUGGACUUCCUGCAGAAGCCGACGGUGGCGUUUGUUCGUCUGCGGGACUCUGUGGUGAUGGAGGGCAUGCUGGAGGCUCCAGUGCCCGUUCGCUUUGUCUUCAUUCUGGUGGGACCUCUGACGGGGAACCUGACUUACCACGAGAGCGGGCGCGCCAUGGCAGCGCUGAUGGCUGACUGGGUGUUUACUCUGGAGGCAUACUUGGCUCAGAACGAGAAAGAGCUGACCAAUGCCAUGGCUGAUUUCAUGGACUGCAGCAUCUUAAUCCCACCCACUGAGAUUCAGGACGAGGCUAUGCUUAAGCCAAUCAUUGGCUUCCAAAAGAGGAUGUUACGCAAUAGGCUCCGCCCCAUGGACAGACGCAUUGCAAUUGGCGGACCCAAAGCUGCAGUGGGGACGGGACAGCCGGCCGAGGAUCCGCUGGCGCGUACCGGCUACCCCUUCGGCGGUUUGGUUAAAGACAUAAAGCGCCGUUAUCGCCGUUACCUCAGCGACUACACGGACGGACUCAACAUCCAGGUUCUGUCGGCCAUCAUCUUCAUCUAUUUCGCCGCUCUUUCUCCCGCCAUCACGUUCGGUGGACUGUUAGCGGACAAGACGCAGCACAUGAUGGGCGUGUCUGAGCUGAUGAUCUCCACCUGUGUUCAGGGCAUCAUUUUCUGCCUGUUUGCCGCUCAACCCAUCCUGGUCAUUGGUUUUACUGGACCCCUUCUUGUGUUUGAGGAAUCCUUCUUUCAGUUCUGUGAUGGCAACGGCAUUGAGUACAUCGUUGGCCGGUGCUGGGUGGGAUUGUGGCUAAUAGUCAUCGUCCUGAUCAUUAUGGCCGUAGAGGGCAGUUUCCUGGUCCGCUUCAUCUCGCGCUUCACCCAGGAGAUCUUCUCCAUCUUGAUCUCGCUGAUCUUCAUCUACGAGACGUUCGCCAAGCUGAUGCGGAUUUUCCAAGCUCACCCUCUGAUUCUGAACUACGAGCACUUGAACAAGUCGGCCGACGAUCCUUUCCAUCUGGUGGAGGAGAAAAAAGUGGCCGAGGAUGAACACGGGAAUGUAACGGAGCUGACGCAUUACCGUGAGCGAGCCUAUCCCAACACCGCCCUUCUUUCUAUGUGUCUCAUGUUUGGCUGCUUCUUCAUCGCCUACUUCCUGCGACAGUUCAAGAACGGAGUCUUUCUGCCUGGUCCGAUCCGUCGUAUGAUUGGAGAUUUCGGAGUCCCCAUCGCGAUCUUUAUCAUGAUCGCUAUAGACAUCAGCAUCGAGGACGCCUACACACAGAAACUGGUGGUACCCAAAGGGUUAACUGUGUCCAACACCUCAGCCAGAGGCUGGUUCAUUAACCCACUGGGCGAGAAGAAGCAAUUCCCCAUCUGGAUGAUGUUUGCCUGCGUGGUGCCAGCGCUACUUGUCUUCAUCCUCAUCUUCCUCGAGUCCCAGAUCACCACGCUGAUUGUGAGCAAGCCUGAACGUAAGAUGGUGAAAGGAUCAGGGUUCCACUGGGACCUGUUCCUUCUGGUCACUAUGGGAGGAGCGGCCUCCAUUUUCGGGGUCCCCUGGCUGAGUGCCGCCACGGUGCGUUCCGUCACCCAUGCCAACGCCCUCACGGUCAUGACCAAAGGUCCUAAACCAGAGAUUGAGAAGGUCAUCGAACAAAGGAUCAGUGGUAUUAUGGUAGCUGUCAUGGUUGGCAUAUCCAUCCUCAUGGAACCAAUCCUGAAGAUGAUUCCUAUGACUGCCCUGUUUGGAAUCUUCCUCUACAUGGGAAUAACGUCUCUGAGUGGAGUUCAGCUAUGGGACCGUAUGCUCCUCCUGAUUACCCCCAAAAAAUACCACCCCUCUACCGCCUAUGCCACUAGGGUGCCGACGAUGCGGAUGCACCUGUUCACCUUGAUACAGGUCGUGUGUCUGGGGCUUCUGUGGGGGGUGAAGUCCAGCCCCGCCUCCCUCGCCCUCCCCUUCGUCCUCAUCCUCACUGUCCCCCUUCGCAUGGGGAUGACCGGACGCCUCUUCACCGUCAUGGAGAUGAAAUGCCUUGAUGCAGAUGAUGCAAAAGUGACAUUCGAGGAGGAGCCAGGAACAGAUGUGUACGACGAGACGCCGCUUCCAUAGAUACCUGAAAAUGACCUUUCACCUUUCAGAAACUCUCGGAAUGAGAAGCUAUGCUUUAUUGCCAAUCUGUGCCAAUCUACAAUUAUUAACUGAUCAUACAAUAAAAAAACCACAAGCAGUCUAUUUUUUUUUUUUUUACAGUUUUGUACAUUCAAGUAUUUUGUAAUCGUAUGUCGUGCCUCGCAAACUCUCUCAGGUAUAAUUUUAACCCCAUAGUAUUGUUGUUGUUGUUGUUGUUUUUUACUGUCCGGCCUCUGCUAUUGUUAUGCUUCAAUCAGUCUUUCAUAUUCCAUAGGUAUUUCUUAACUAUACAAUGAAUCAAAUACUUGUGCCUUCAAGUGACAUUUUAUCAGCCAACUGUUGCGGGAACAUUACAGUACUUUGCCCUUUCUUUUCAUGUCUUCUCAUUUAUUAUGGGUCUUUAGUUACUUUACUUUAGUUAUCUUUAAAUGUGUGCACGUGGCGUUCAUUUUGUCUUUUUUGAUGGAUACAUGUGCUUUCGUUCUGUGUUAUUUUGACCUGGAUGCUAUAGCCAUAAUCCAUAGCUAUGAGAAAGUGUGUGACUCAGAUUUAAGCCAGAAAGGAACAGCAAUGUUUGAGUUGUAUGCAAACUGAUUUAUAAGCUUAUAUCAUUAUCAGUGUAUGAUGUGACUGCUAUUGAAAGUGACAAUUAAUCUUUGUCUGAAUGAAGUUCUUGCUACGACAGUCAAUUUCAAGGAAAGAUCCAUAUCCAUAAAUACAGAGGACCAUGAGUUGUUUUACGACUAGAAUCAUGUUUUUGACAAGUCUGUAACUUAUCAUUAUAAUUGACUGGAUUGGGAUGAAUGUACAUUUGCUUUGUUUGUAAUAUCACUGUGUGCGAUCAUGUUUAAAUUGUGAACAUCAUCUAUCUUA